UCACUGGUCAGCAUCCCCAUCCAAAGCACUCUGCUGAGUCUGCGCUGCUCCUGGACCAGCGACGAAUGGCGAUGGCGAUGGAGAAAGGAGGAGAAAGGGGAAAGGACAUCACGGGAAAAGAGGGCGCGAUAGAAGUACACGGCUCGAAGUAUACUUCAUCAUUACUUUACUCCAUUACUCCACCUUGAUCUGAUCUGGUCUGACGGGGGAAGGCCUCCCACUUUAUAUUACCAUAUGCACGAGGGAUCAUCGUCGUCGUUCGCUCAUUCGGGCGGAAGAAGGCCCUGGAAAAGUCGAGCAGAGCAUGUAUGUAAAGCGAAGUCGGCGAGUCGAUCUCUACCUAUUGGAACCUGCAGGCAACCAGCGACCAGCAACCAGCAACCAGCAACCAGCAACCAGCAACCAGCAACCAGCAACCAGCAACCAGCAACCAGCAACCAAACCAGCCAGCCAGCCAGCCAGCCAGCAAGCACAGCACAGCACAGCUCAGCACCACAACAGCAGCAGCAGCAGCAUUCGAUUUUUACCGCCGCCAACUCCGCCAGUUUUCGUCCUGCAGACUGUCCGACAGACUCAUCAUCUUCCGACACUCGACACUCAACCCAACACUCAACACUCAACACUCAACACUUAACACAACCCAACGCUUCGUUCAAUCUGCAUACUCGGCACCCAUCUACUCUCACGAGAUCAAAUCGCUCUCCACCCCCACACACACCCCCUUUCGAACGCCGACGACAAAGGCGACGACGAUUAUUUACGACGACAGACGCUGCGUAACCUACUCGCAAAGACCUCUCGCAGCACCUCUCGUCACAUCGCAGCUCGCCAGCCCCGCAACCCCAUCCCCGUUUCACCCCGCACAACCGUCAAGCUGGAUCUCGUACCGAUAGGCUACAACAACCGGCGCGAUGCGUCGCCGGAGCGGGACCGAGUAGGAGGAGGCGGAGGAGGGGGAGGGACGGCAUCACACCCGGCGUCGCGGCACCCGUCGCCACAGCGGUUUCCGGGCGGCG